AUGCAGAGCAUCAACAACAUGCGCGAGAAGCUGAAGCGCAAGCUCUCACUCCACGAUAAGAACCCCCAAUUCGACGACGCGCAAGACAUUGACGACGUCGACGAAGAGACCCACGGCCACCUUACGCGUGACAUGGAGCGUGCCGAGGCUUCCGACGAGCCUCAUGGCAAGCCAGGCAGCUUCUUGAACCGACUCAUCAUGCACGGCAACAAGAAGACCGAAGAGGAGAUCUCACGCGAGCAGGCGUUGAACCCGGGCAAGGAGAUCAACCCGUACAAGGAGACCUACAAUGAGAACGCCAAGCCACUGUCUGGUGACACUGCUCUGCGUCCAGGCACCACCAGCAACACCGUCUCGUAG